UGAGCUCUCCUUCCCAACUAUUUCUCACAAUCUCUCAGUCUCCCAGUUUCUUCUGUCAUCACUCUCAUAUCCCUCAAUUGAGAUGGCUGCAGUUGCUCAAGCCAUGGAGACCUCAAAUGUCAAAAGCAUUAAAUCACUAGCCGAGUCACCAGCUCUCAGCUCUGUUCCUUCUGCUUAUGCCUUCAACAUUAACCCCAACGAUGAAGCUGAUCCUAAUGACCCUGAGUUUGCUGUUCCCAUUGUUGAUAUGUCUCUUCUCACCUCCGGUACUCCUGAUCAUCGCGCUCAAAUCAUCCGCGAUCUUGUCAAAAUAUGUGAAGAAUGGGGCUUCUUCAUCGCAAUAAACCAUGGUGUACCAGAAAGUCUAAUGAAGGGGAUGAUCGAUGCAUGCCACGGAUUCUUCAGCCUUCCAGAUGAGGAGAAGGAAGAGUUUAAGUCCGGAAAUGAUGUUCUUGAGAUGUUUAAGUAUGGAACAAGCUAUAAUCUUGCAUUGGACAAAGUACUUCUGUGGAGAGACUUCUUCAAGGUCCGAACACAUCCCGAGUUCUACUCCCUCUACAAACCGGCUAGCUUCAGUGAGGUUUCGCUGGAGUUUAGCAAAAGAAGCCGAGAAGUAGCACUUGAAAUAACGAGAGCAAUAUCAGAAAGCUUAGGUUUGGAGCCGGAUUACAUAUAUAACAAAAUGAACAUGGAUUGUGGCCUUCAAAUGCUAGCGGGGAACUACUACCCACCUUGUCCUCAGCCUGAACAUGCCAUUGGUAUACCCCAUCAUACCGACCAUGGUCUAGUCACUCUCCUUAUCCAGAAUGAGAUGAAUGGUCUCCAAGUUGAGCACAAUGGAAAAUGGCUCACUGUCAAUGGUCCUCCCAACGGGUUUUUCGUUAACCUUGCAGAUCAAAUGCAGAUUCUUACAAACGGCAAGUACAAGAGUGUGAUGCAUCGCGCCACCGUGAACAACAGAGCUACGAGGAUAUCGAUAGCCAUACCACAUGGACCAUCCGUAGACACGAUCAUUGCACCAUCACCCGAGUUGUGUGAAAGAGAAGGCCAAGCUCCAAAGUACCUUGCAAUGAACUACAAGGAAUAUAUACAACUUCAGCAAAGUGGCAAGAACUACAUGAAAUCCACAUUUGAUCACAUUCGAGCCUAGCCUCUCUAGCUUGUUAUAUACUCAUAUACAGUAUAUAUUGAGAUCUACAGUUGCUACUUGCAACUUUUCUAGUUUGUACGUGUUCAUUAUUCUUGUUUUUGUUUCACUAAUAGUUAUGCAUGUUGUAAGAUAUAAUGUAUUUGCAUAUGUCCGAACACAAUUAAAGCAUUAUUGCGUAUUGAGU